CAUUAUGUCAGUGUCAUUCAAACUAUUAAAAAAAAUGCGUUAGCAAGCAAAUAUUCAAGGGAAGCGAACGUAUUUUAUUCAUAAUACUCAUAAUGUCUUGUUAUUUGAGUAUUUAGUUGCAUUUCCAAACAAAUAGAGCGUAGAGUUGUAUUUAUAAUACAUUAAAUUUGUAUCCAAAAGUGUUUAUGGCCAUUUAGCAACAUGCAUCGUCGCAGAGGUCCCAACUUCACAUAUGUCAGUAGUUGUGUGAAAUACAUGAUUUUUGUGUUAAAUUUCAUAUUUUGGUUAUUUGGUGGUCUACUGAUAGGGGUGGGCCUCUAUGCCUUCAUUGACAAAUGGCAGGCCACGGGACUGAUCAAGCUGGACACAGUAUACGAUGUGAUGCUGAACAUCAGUCUGCUGAUCGCGAUCCUGGGCGGCGUGGUGUUCAUCGUGAGUUUCGCCGGCUGCGUCGGCGCGCUGCGUGAGAACACGUGCCUGCUGAAGUUUUACUCUCUCUGCCUGCUCAUCCUAUUCCUGGUGGAGAUGGGCGCGGCGGUGUGCGGCUUCGUGUUCCCGCGCUCGCUGCACGGGCUGCUCGAGCUCAGCUUCACGGAGCGAGUGGUGCACAAGUAUAGAGAUGAUCCCGACUUGCAGAACUUUAUUGAUUUUGCUCAGAGUGACUUCCACUGCUGCGGCCUAACCUCGGACGGCUACAUGGACUGGUCCAAGAACGAGUACUUCAACUGCUCCUCUCCCUCCGUGGAACGCUGUGGAGUGCCGUUCUCCUGCUGCAUCAACGCCACAGACAUAUCUUCAGGGUUGGUCAACAUUAUGUGCGGGUAUGGGGUGCAGAAUUAUCCGGUGGCCGAAGCGUCAAAGCGCAUCUGGACAUCGGGCUGCAUAGAAAUAGUCCGCUCCUGGGCAGAGCGCAAUCUCUACACCAUAGCUUCAGUGGCUCUAGGAGUCGCUUUGUCCCAGCUGUUCGUGAUAUACCUGGCCAAGACUCUGGAAGGGCAGAUAGAGCUGCAGAAGUCUCGAUGGCAAACUUGAGGUACACUAGUAGUGGCGUACAGGAGGGCGGGGUGUGUGAAUGUUUUGAUUUAGGGACGCUGGUUUGGGUGUGCUUUCGUAGUUUUCGUGGUUCUGUUCUGUUGGAUUUAUCGGAUUUGCUGUUUCGGUUUUUGGGCGACG